AUGGCUUCGUUCAUUGAAAGUUGGAUAGCUCGUCUUUUGUUUUCCACGAUUUCUCUGACAGCGUUUUUGGGGAAUUCUUUAGUCAUUUGGGUUAUCAUGAAGAAACGAAAGUCUUAUUUUGAAAGGCCUUUUGAUAUUUUUAUCCUAAAUUUGGCUGUAUCAGAUGCACUAGCUGCGGUUUUUCUCGUAUUCAGUCGAUUCCUAUAUGUACCUCCGAUUCCUCAAGGCGAAACUGAAGCUUAUUUAUAUUGUAAUUUUCUAUGGGGAGGAUACAUUAUGUUCUCUUUGGGAUAUGUCUCAGUAUAUACAUGUCUUGUGCUUACCAUUGAAAGAUGGAUGGCGGUCGUUAGACCUCAAGCUUAUCGUCGUUUUCAAAAGAAGCAAGCUCUAGUUGCUGUUGUGUUGGUAUGGAUUUGGGGAUUCAUUUUGAACACACCUGUAUUUCUGACCACGGAAGCAGAUUCGGAGAAAAAAACAUGUGGGUUUCUUAAUUUGAGAAUUGGAGAGACAAUUUUGCCUUUCUUACAAAUUUUCUUCACGUGUCUAUUGCCCUUUUCCUUCAUAACAGCGUUGUAUACGCAUAUUUUUUACAAGAUCAAUCGAAUGCCAUUGUUCUUGCGUGGAGCAGCUGGGAUCGCGUUGAAGAAAAGGCUAACAGUGAUUGCGCUUGUGGCAUCAUUAAUCCUGAUCUUCGGCUGGCUUCCAACUCAAAUCAGUUACUCGCUAGAUCUAAAUGAGGUCCAUCAUGAUUCGACUUCAUACCAUAUUUUUAUUAUGAUGACUUUAGUCAAUUGUGUAGUCAAUCCGAUUUUGUAUGGAGUAUUUAGUUCAAGAUGUCGCAAGGAGUAUAUAUCAGCUUUGCGUGGGAUCUUUGCUUGUUUUCCUUGUAGAGGUAGAAAGCAUGUUGUACCGACGACAACUAAUUAAAGUAGAUGCCAUGCAGUUUUAUGUAUUUAAUUGAACAUUUGGAACUUUAUUUGCUUUCAGAACGUAAGAGCAAUAUAUAGCUGUCAGGGGUGUAUGUCAGGUCAGCUUGGGCUCCUUUGCCUGAUUUCCAUUGAACGCUAUAUAAAGUAAAUAUAGAUGUUAAUAUAUAUUCGGUUUUAUGAAGUUGAAGAUUUUGAACUAUGCUGUUUCCAAGAUUACUCCAAAAGUAUAUAAUUGUCAUUAUAUCACACUUGCGUCGGUUUUCUUUGUUCGUCCGAGGUUUAUAACUAGCUUAUAGACCUUGAAUAAAUGAUUGGAUUAAACUUGUAGACAAAACGCGAGAAUUUUUCAUUAAAAAUUUUUGAAAAUGACAAAAUAUGUUGGAAAACCUCCGCAAGUGUGAUAUAAGUCGGUUUAUAACUGAUAUAUUGCCCCUCGGACGCUACGCGUCCUCGGGUCAAUAUAUCAGUUAUAAACCUCCUACUCGGUUUAUAACUCUUACGUAUAGUAGGGCCUUAGCGACUGGGGGGCUGGGGCUUCAGCCCCCCCCCCCAAUAAUUUGUAAACUAGCUAUAAUCUGUGAAGUUUGAGAGGAAAAUAAUGACCUAAUAAUCGCCCCUGGCUAAUCAGACCCCCACGGUAGUGUAUACUACCUUAUUUUUCACCCUGCUCGGUUUCCUUUGUUCUUGUCGGGGAAUAUAUUCAAUAUUCCACUCUAAUCAAUUUCCGUUUAAUAAUCCCCUCUAAUAUUCACCUGCAAUUAAUAAUCCCCUCUAAUAUUCACCUGCAAUGUCUUUGCAGCACAAAAAAUGAGAAAAAACAACAUCGCGAAGGCAAUAUGGCAUUAAGAAUUAUUUCUUUUCUGACUCGUUAACGCGACCUCGCAGUGUGAAAAAUAAGUACGUUAUUUUGAGGCACCUCGGGGAUAUGUGUUUAUUCACCUCGGCGCUACGCGCCUCGGUGAAUAAAUCACAUAUCCCCUCGUUGCCUCAAAAUAACCUAUACUUAUUUUUCACCCUGCUCGGUUUCCUUUGUUCUUGUCGGGGAAUAUAUUCAAUAUUCACUCUAAUCAAUUUCCGUUUAAUAAUCCCCUCUAAUAUUCACCUGCAAUUAAUAAUCCCCUCUAAUAUUCACCUGCAAUGUCUUUGCAGCACAAAAAAAGAGAAAAAAGCAACAUAACGAAGGCAAUAUGGCAUUAAGAAUUAUUUCUAUUCUGUCUCAUGAACGCAACCUCGCAAUGUGAAAAAUAAGUACGUUAUUUUGAGGCACCUCGGGGAUAUAUGUUUAUUCACCUCGGCACUACGCGCCUCGGUGAAUAAAUCACAUAUCCCCUCGUUGCCUCAAAAUAACCUAUACAUAUUCACGAGUUUAUGUUUGUGUGGGAUAUCAUGGAACUUGUACAUGUGUACACCAGGCUCAUUUUCAGUACUAAAUUCUUAAACACGUCCGAAUUUAUAAUGAUACAUUUUCGGCACAUUUUGAAUUUAUCAAUAGAGUUAAUCAUAAAACCACAAGCAUUCUAGACAAGACUUCUUGCUAUAAAUGUAAUGGCACUAAAAGGGAGGCUGGUCGCGCGGGGUGUGGAGAUUUUCAAGAUUCCCAAAAAAAUAGUUUUUAAAAAAGUUUUAAAAAGUUUUAAAAUAGUUUUAAAAAGAAAAAAAAGUUUAAACAGUUAGAUUUUUAAAAAAGUUUAAAAAGUUAAAAAAAUUUAAAAAGUUUAAAAAGUUAGUGGUUAGGAGUUAGUGGUUAGGGUUGGGGGUAGGGCUAGUGUUAGGUGCCCGUUUCAUCUUGCAAUUGUUUUAAAAAGGGCCGAAAUAGUUAUAAAAUAUAAUCUCCGAGCCAACGGCGCCGUGCGAGGGUAUUAAUUCCGCCUGGCCAUUUACCCCCGGGGAAAGGAAAGCAUUAGCGAAGUCUUAAUUUUAUCAAUGAUCGCGGGUGUGGGUUACCGUGCGUGGUUCGGUGGGUGGUCAUCUUCGCUGAUCUCAUAAUAUAGCGGAUUGUCAUGAAUAGCCAACACUGAUUGGUCCAAUUUAAAAUUUGCAUGAUAACGACCGCAUGACGACAGCGAAAUAGCAAACAUUUCUUGAUUAGUUGAUUUGAUGAUUUCUUGCAAAUAUAUUUCAAAAGCUCUUUGAGAAAAAAAGGCAAAAGAAUCGGCUAAAAGAAGGAAGCAAAGGCGCCGACGCUAACGAAGGUAAGUUUGUUUUAAGUACUGAUAUAUUGUUUGCUUUAUAAUGGCUAUAAUUGCUUUAAAAUGAAUUAUUGCUAUAAAACGUAUAAUGAAACAAGACAACAUAUAAUUCUAUUUCGUCAUCAGUUACGUCACUGGGGAGUCACAUGAGAUAUGCAUGCGCAGAUCGAGUAUUCACUUUUGCACGUGUCGUUCAAAGUAUUCAGUUGCAAGUUUUAUUCAUGGAGAAUAUCGAUUCAGAAAAAACCGACUACCGAAGUAUCGCCCAGUCAAAGUGAGGAAGACGACCUCUUUCAUCGACGGAUCCAACGAGAAUGACGACUUAUCGGCGAAAUCAAGCAGUUUUCUACGGCAGUUAAACCAGUCCUUACAUACAAUGGUUGGCUCAAUCGUGGAAAAGUCGCUGAAACGUCUCCACGAAGACAAGACACCUCCCGCGAAACGAAAGAAACCUCGCCUGGCUACAGAGACAUCUGGACUUGAGGAAGUAGAAGAAAACCAGAGCAGCGACGAAGAUACGCGGGCACUUUGUGGCCCAUCAAAUGCCGACUCGGCAGAAAACUCUCAAACCAUAAACGCUCGACUCGAGCAAGACACUGUCACUGACAAUUGCAAUGACUCAUUGCUGUCAGAAAUUGAAAAUGGUUUCUCUCAGGAGGACGAUAUUGGCCCGGCCAUAAUCAAUAAGCGUUGGUCUGAAAAACUGAGCGAUCAAAAGCUGAAAGAAAAGCGGGAUCAAUACCCCAGCCCAGACAACUGUGACAGACUUGUGGCGCCACGCAUUAACCCAGAAAUCUGGGCGAGAAUAGACCACACUGCAAAACAGUUGGACCUUCGCGCCAGCACAAACCAAUCUGAUCUGGCCAAAGCAGGAGUUGUCCUGGCAAAAUCAACCGAUAAACUUCUGUCACUUUAUCAAAAAGACUCGAAGCCCGAGUACCGAGAGCUUAUCACACUCAACACAGACGCCCUUGCUCUGCUGGGACACGCGUCGUGUGAAAUGUCACAACGAAGGCGGGAAACGCUAAAACCGCAUCUUAACAAAGAAUACACGGCCCUUUGCGCCUCGCAUGUCCCAGUUACAUCCCUCCUAUUUGGGGAUGACCUACAGGGUCAACUAACAAAUAUACGAGCUACAAAUAAAGUUAGCAACACAAUCAGUGAUGCGAGAAAACAAUACAAAAAUACACAACAAUGGCGACCACGAUCAGAUUACGACAAUACGCAAUCCCAGUUGCAAUAUCAAUCCUCUCAGUUCUUUACAGGUGAGUAA